CAUCUGCUUUUUCUUCUUCUUCUAGUUCGCUCUCCGUCGCCACUAUCUGUUUCUUCUUCCAGUUCACUUUCCGUCGCCACCAUCUGCUGCUUCUUCUUCCAGUUCGCUCUUUGUGGUGGCUAUUGACAAAACAGGAGGUGCAGGCAAUACGUGCAAAGUACACUUUAAAGUUUAAUGAUGGAUUUCUGCAAACAUGUGUUGCAUAUCAUGGCUAAUGCCAUGCUCCUCAAUUCAUUUUGGCCAUAGACAUUUUCCUUAGAAAUAAAUGGAAUUUGGUGCAGAUUAUACAAUACAAAUAGAUGGAUACUUGACCUUCUUCUAAGUUCUGAUUUCUAGUAAGAAAAAUACAAGUUUCAUGAGGAAAACUUAGAAGAAGGGGAGGGAGGAAUUACAAAAAGAUACGAGAUUAUAAAAAAAAAAAAAAGGCACUAUUGUGAUGUUUUGUUGAUAUAAUUAAUUGUGGUUAAUUAAUUGUGAUGUUUAGUUACAUAAUAUUGGAUGAUAUAAUUAAAUUAAUUGUAGUUAUUAUAAUUACAUUAUAAUUGUGGCUGUUUUCCAUGUAUAAUAUGAUUUAUAAUAUUAUACAGUAGAUAAUUUAUAAUAUCAAUAGAUGAUUUAUACAGUAGAUGUAUACAUGGAAAACAUUAAUAGUUUUCCAUGUAUAAUAUGAUUUAUUACCAAUUUGUUAAGGAAAGAUUGGCAUAGACUAUUGUUAGACAAAAGGAAAAUGGAAAGUGAGAAUGAUGGUUGAAUUAAAUUGGUUGAGAAAAACUCCCUAGACAUUUGGAAACCAAAGUUUAAGUGUAAGACAGUUCCCGGAAAGAGGAAGAAACGUGAUAUGCAGAAAAGCCACCUAAGACAUGUUUUGUUCAUUACAUGACUGUUCUCUGAGAGCCUAAAAGAAUUAAACAAAAUGCACACACACUUAUCCCAAAGAUCAGUUCUUUUACAGGUGAAUUAUAGGGGUACCAAUGUUACAUUGCCUAUAAUUUUAUUUUCCAUGCAUAUUUGAUCAUCUAUUGAUUUAUUAAUUUAACUCAAAGGUCAUAUGGCUCAUUCAACUUCAAGUUCCGGAUCUAGCAGCAGUAUUUCAUCAAAAAACAAGGAUGAAGAAAAUAGUCCGUUAUGGAAAUACAUGAAUAGAAUGGAGAAAAUGGGAGAAGGAGGAGGUAGUUGGAAAUAGACUUGCAACUUUUGUGGUUUGCAAAAAUUUGGGACAUACACAAGAGUUAGGGCUUAUUUAUUAAGUAUCAGUGGGAAAGGAAUUGCUUGUUGUAAAAAGGUAAGUCCUGAAAUUAUAGUUGAGAUGAAAAAAGUUGAAAGAGAAGUUGCAGAAAGAUUAUCAAGUUUACAACAUAAGCAAGUGCCAUUACCGACUAGCAGUGUUUCUUUGGGACCUUCUUUGUCUUUACAUGAACCAAGAAUUUUAGAACAUUUAAAGAAAAGAAAAUCCAUGGAUUCACCUAUUGCUAAAGCUUUUGACAUGCAAACUAGAGCACAAUUAGAUGCUGAGAUUGCUAGGAUGUUCUAUACUGGGGGUUUGCCUUUUAAUCUUGUUAGAAACCCAUAUUAUUUGAGUUCUUAUUCAUUUGCUGCUAAUCAUCCAUUAGGUGGUUAUGUGCCUCCGGGUUAUAAUAAGUUAAGGACCACAUUACUUCAGCAAGAAAAGACAAAUGUUGAAAAAUUGCUAGAACCUAUUAAAAGCACUUGGUUGGGAAAAGGUGUUAGCAUUGUUACUGAUGGUUGGAGUGACCCACAAAGAAGACCUUUGAUUAAUUUUUUGGUUGUUUAUGAAAAUGGUCCAAUGUUUAUCAAAUCUGUGAAUUGUUCAGGUGAAGUAAAGGAUAAACAGUUUAUUGCUAAUUUGAUGAAAGAGGUAAUAGAUGAAGUUGGUGACCAAAAAGUUGUACAAAUAAUUACUGAUAAUGCUGCUAAUUGCAAGGGAGCUGGGGAAAUCAUUGAGGGUAUGUUUCCACAUAUUUAUUGGACUCAUUGUAUUGUCCAUACACUUAAUCUUGCUUUGAAGAAUAUAUGUGUAGCUAGGAAUUUAGAAAGUAAUCAAGAGACAUAUGAUGAGUGUCAUUGGAUCACUGAAGUGCAUGGAGAUGCUUUGGUCAUAAAUUUUUUUAUAAUGAAUCAUUCAAUGAGAUUGGCUAUGUUCAAUCGGUUUAGUUCUUUGAAAUUGCUUGCAGUUGCUGACACUCGAUUUGCUUCUAUUGUUGUUAUGAUUAAAAGAUUUAAACUUCUUAGACGUGCACUUGAAGCAAUGGUUAUGAGUGAUGAAUGGGGACAAUAUCGAGAUGAUGACCAAGGAAAAGCUCGAUUUGUUUAUGAAUUGGUUGUGAAUGAGAAUUUUUGGGAAAAAAUUAAUUAUAUUCUCUCUUUCACGGCACUUAUUUAUGAUAUGAUUAGAGUUUGUGAUACAAACAAACCAUGCCUUCAUUUGGUCUAUGAGAUGUGGGAUUCUAUGAUUUUCAACAUGAAGAAAGUUAUUUAUGAUCAUGAAAGUAAGCUGCCAAGUGAUUUUUCAUCAUUUUUUCAUGUCAUUCAUCGGAUUCUUCUUGCUCGUUGGACAAAACAUAGCACUCCAUUACAUUGCCUAGCUCAUUCUUUGAACCCGAGGUAUUAUAGUGAUAAAUGGCUUCAAGAAAAAGAAGGUAGAAUGCCUCCACAUAUGGAUGGAGAUGUCUCCACACAAAGAAUGAAGUGUUUUAGGAGACUUUUUCCUAAUCCAGAUGAGCGUGCUAUUGUUGAUGAUGAGUUUGCUGAUUUUUCUCUUAAAAGUGGGUCAUUUGGAGACCCAUAUGCUAUCUUGAAUAGCUAUGACAAGGAACCUAGGAAGUGGUGGGCAUGUUAUGGUUCACGUGCUCCUUUCCUUCAAAGCAAAAGAAUUAGAAGAAGAGCUUGACGGGUGGCUCAAAGCAUCUGGUUCACUAAAAUCUCCUGAUGUGCAGGGGGUAAUCGCACCUCAUGCAGGUUAUUCAUAUUCAGGUUGUGCAGCAACAUGUGCCUUUGCGAGUGAGAGGUAUGCCAAGUAUACCUCAAGAAAUGGAGUAUAUUAUGAUGAAAUCAUCCUUUAGUAAAUUUAUUUAGAUUUCAUCCAUUUAGUAUAUUAUGAUGAGACAUGGGUAAUACAUCUUUUUGAUGGUAUGGGUAAUCACCGUUUCUGUUUUUUUCCAACCCGAGAACAUCAGUUGCAGUUAGUUCAUUACUGCUAGGCCUAGUUUUGGUUGGUAGAGUAGCUUUUAUUUAUCCCUUAUCCUUCUUAUCUAACCUAGCUAAGAAAUCUCCAACUGAAAAUAUCAACUUCAAGCAACAAGUAAGCUUCUUAUUUUGAAAGCUUUCCUUUCUAGUUUCUCGUAUCAAACUGAAUAACUUAUGUGUCUAGGUUAUUAUAUGGUGGGCUGGUCUUAUGAGG